AUGCCUUUGGACUAUAGCAAGUGGGACAAUCUCGAGCUCUCGGACGACUCUGAUAUUGAAUGCCAUCCCAACGUCGACAAGAAAUCCAUGAUCAAGUGGAAGCGUGAAGCUAUUCAUCGUGAACGAGCUGAACGCAAGGCCCAGAUUAGCCAGCUUCAAGAGUUCAUUCCCAUGGAAGAAUGGGUGCUGCACCAUCUCAAUACGAUUCGCUCCAAAGAUACCUCUGCCGAAGAGACCCUCAAGGCUAUUCAACGUUGGCUCGAACUGGCUACUCAAGAAAACAAGCAUAUCGUUGCCGUGGCAGCUUCAACCAAACCAAACACACCACCAUUGACCCUGGGCGAAGCACUAGGAUCCAUCUUGAAAGAUAUCACACCCGACAAGGAAAAGGAACUCAAGGAGCGUUUGGAUUCUUUACAUGCCUCGGCUACUUCAGUGUUGGAGCGUUCAGAGAAGGAAUUGGAUCGUCUUCAAAAGGAGGAAGGCAAGAAGCUCACAAGUGAAAACAUGUUCCAUGAAACAUCCAAUCGCACGAUUCUCAAUUCAUCCAAGGAUCAACCCAAACCAUCAUCAUCCAAACCAAAAGCAAAGGAACAAGUCAUUGAAACAUUGAAUCCCGGUGUACAAAUGAAGGAUUUGUCUAUCCAUGAUAAGCAACAAGAUGAAGCGGAUGACGAGGAUGACGACAAGGACAUCGAGUUAUCCAAGGAGGCUGAAGCAUUCGCCAAGCUUAAGGGAUUUGAACCAAGCUACAAGCAUCUUAUGAGAUAUCCUGAGAUCAUCAACGAGACCAUGUCUGACCAGAUUUUGGCCGAAGCAUUUACCCAGCAACUCAAGGGCAAUGAAGAUUUCUCCCGCAAUUGUGUGAUUCAAGCCUUGACCUUGCAAUAUUGUGGACAGCUUGGAAGCAAUGGUUUGAAUGUUUUCUUUUCAAGAAUGAAUGGACCAAACCAACAAGCACGCAAAAUGUUCUUUGAUGACGUGGAUCGAACGUAUGGUCGUAUCAAGGUGCGAUGUGCUGAGAUUGCAGCUGAACAAAACGCUGGCGUGGAGACAAUUCAAUUGCAGGCUGCUGAAGAUGGCUCACCUUUAACGAUUCGGGUACCUGAUCCCAACAAGGAAGAGGAAAAGGAAGCAUACAAGGUGUUUGAAGCCAUGCCGCAAGCUUUCCAGGAUGCUCUCAAAACGGGUGAACUCGACAAUCUCAACAAGGUGUUGGAAAAGAUGUCCGUGGAGGAUGCUGAGACAUUGGUGCAAGUGUGCUCUGAAUAUGGAUUUUUGGAUGUGGGAGAGCAAGUCAUUGAUCAAACAAAAUGA